UAAUAGCUAUGUAGAUAAGAAUAAAACAGAUGAAUUAUGUGCUUGUUAAAUUAAUCUAACUGCCUCUUUCACCGUCUUUACUAUAGAUUAUUAUCCAGUAUUGAUUGUCCUCCUUUUAUUCAGUCCUUGAUCCCAAAGUAAGAGAAAUUGAUGAGGAUAUGUGCAUUGUGUUAUGUCUGAUCACAGUUUGACUAGCAGAGUCUGGAAGUGGGUUGUACAGGAUGAGAGAGAGAAGCCUAAUUGCUCUCCCAGCAUCAGCAGCAUCUAUAAAGCAUCCUGGGAAUUGCUUGCCCUACGUUCAGAGCAGCUGGUCACAUGAGCCUGAAUUUUCAGUUCAGUUCAUUAGUCAGCCAUUUUGGUCAACACCCUGCUUACUGCGCACGGCCAAUCCUAUGAGAACUCAGCAUCCCAUCUCAUCUGAGCAGAUCCUGGAAGUGAUUUCUGCAGCUCAGGAUUUUUUUUUUAAGCUACACUGAAAAUAUAGGUUUAUUUUUUGUUCAGGUUUUUCUUUUGUAUUUUUUUCUGCACAAAGGAGGAGGAUUUUUCACUUAUUCAUAUCGAGGCCAGAUUUUUAAAGCCAGCUAAGGCAGCAUCGGCUGUGCAGGAUUUAAAGCCUAUAGCUCUGCUGAAAAAAAAGGUGGGGGGCAGGGAAAGGAAGAUAAAAGGAGAGGAAGCUGGGAGAAGACAAGCAUCAUUUUAUUUUGCUAUGUGGUAGGAACUGUCUGUAAGAUAGUGUAGAAUUGUUUAUCUUGAGCAGUUUGUUCUUAAACUAUAAGCUGAGUCAUCAUGUCUGCUCUGACGCCUCCGACCGAUAUGCCAACCCCCACCACUGACAAGAUCACACAGGCUGCCAUGGAGACCAUCUACCUUUGCAAAUUCCGAGUGUCCAUGGAUGGAGAAUGGCUCUGCCUGCGAGAGCUGGAUGACAUCUCACUUACACCUGACCCAGAGCCUACCCAUGAAGACUCUUGGGAGGAUUUGACAGAUUUGGUGGAGCAAAUGCGCGAUGAUACAGAAGAUCCUAAUUAUCUCAUGGCUAACGAACGCAUGAACCUCAUGAACAUGGCCAAGCUGAGUAUCAAGGGCUUGAUUGAAUCAGCUCUGAACCUGGGGAGGACUCUUGACUCUGACUAUGCACCUCUCCAGCAAUUCUUUGUGGUGAUGGAACACUGUCUGAAACAUGGCUUGAAAGCUAAAAAAACUUUUCUUGGACAAAAUAAGUCUUUCUGGGGACCUCUAGAACUGGUAGAAAAGCUUGUUCCAGAAGCCGCAGAGAUAACAGCAAGUGUUAAAGAUCUUCCAGGACUUAAGACACCAGUAGGUAGAGGAAGAGCCUGGCUUCGUUUGGCAUUAAUGCAAAAGAAACUUUCAGAAUAUAUGAAAGCUUUGAUCAAUAAGAAAGAACUUCUCAGUGAAUUCUAUGAACCCAAUGCCCUCAUGAUGGAAGAAGAAGGAGCCAUAAUUGCUGGUCUGUUGGUGGGUCUGAAUGUCAUUGAUGCCAACUUCUGUAUGAAAGGAGAAGACUUGGACUCUCAGGUUGGAGUUAUAGAUUUUUCAAUGUAUCUCAAGGACGGGAACAGCAGUAAAGGUACUGAAGGAGACGGUCAGAUUACUGCAAUUCUGGACCAGAAGAACUAUGUAGAAGAACUGAACAGACAUUUAAAUGCUACCGUAAACAACCUUCAGGCAAAAGUAGAUGCAUUAGAAAAAUCCAACACUAAACUGACAGAGGAGCUUGCAGUUGCAAACAACAGGAUCAUUACCUUACAAGAAGAAAUGGAACGAGUUAAAGAGGAAAGUUCCUACAUACUGGAAUCCAAUCGGAAGGGUCCCAAGCAAGACAGAACUGCAGAAGGGCAAGCACUAAGUGAAGCAAGAAAGCAUUUAAAAGAAGAGACACAAUUACGAUUGGAUGUUGAAAAAGAGCUGGAGAUGCAGAUCAGCAUGAGGCAGGAGAUGGAAUUGGCUAUGAAGAUGCUGGAGAAGGAUGUCUGUGAGAAGCAGGAUGCCCUGGUAUCUCUUCGGCAGCAGCUGGAUGACCUCAGAGCUCUCAAGCACGAACUUGCCUUUAAGUUGCAGAGUUCAGACUUAGGAGUAAAACAGAAAAGUGAACUAAACAGUCGCUUGGAAGAGAAGACUAAUCAGAUGGCUGCUACCAUUAAACAACUUGAACAAAGAUUGCGCCAGGCUGAGCGAAGCCGCCAGUCUGCUGAGUUGGACAACCGGCUCUUCAAACAGGACUUUGGAGACAAGAUCAACAGUCUGCAGCUGGAAGUCGAGGAGCUCACCAGGCAGCGGAACCAGCUUGAGUUAGAACUAAAACAGGAAAAAGAAAGAAGAUUACAAAACGACAGGAGCAUCCCAGGAAGGGGUUCCCAGAAACCAGAAUCCAAGAUGGAUGGGAAGCACAGCAUGCAAGAGGAAAAUGUUAAACUAAAAAAGCCCCUGGAAGAAAGCCACAGGCUGCAACCCCACCCUACGGAUGAACAGGAUCAGCUGCUGCUCUCUGGAAAGCCACAGGUGUGUCAGCUAUGUCAGGAAGAUGGCAGCCUAACAAAGAAUGUGUGUAAGAACUGCAGAGGAACCUUCUGUGAUGCCUGUUCAACAAAUGAACUGCCUCUUCCUUCAAGUAUCAAGCCUGAGCGAGUUUGCAAUCCCUGUCACAAGCAUCUGAUGAAGCAAUAUUCCACCAGCCCAUCAUAAGACUGAAGGCCAAGACCUGGACCAAAACGUUUAUGCAGGCUCUUCUGUACCGGUGUUUUAGCUGUCAGGAUCUCAUAGAGCCCAGUUCUUAGAGUCAACUAAAGAGUUGAUAGGAAUUAACUAGGUCCAGGGAGAAAAGGCAGUGGUUGGGGUUACUGGAAAUUUUGCUCAUUUUCCCUAAUGACUGUAUGAAUAAAAGUGAACUCACUUGAGCCUUUCUCUUCUAAAUCUAAACAACCUGACAUUGAGGGUUUGCUUUAUAGCAUAUCUUUGGAAGGGCAACUCAUUUUUAUUAGUGAUACUGGGGUGGAUGUAAUAGGAGAGAGUCUAGGCAGAUAAGAAUAAAAAGGAAAAUGAUCAUCUCCUUCUGUUACAUUUGCAGAUUCAAGGGGGAGAGACACAUGCUGAGAUCAAAAUGACAGAUGUUACUUAUUUUUCCAGGUGCUGUUAGCAUAAACAUUGUUUCCUCUUCACCCCUACUAACUACCUCUUUAAAGUAUUUCUACCAAACUGUGAACCCAAUCUCAGGGAAAAGAAAUUAAAAAGUAAUAUAAAUUCUGAAUGUACUGAAAACAAUAUUGUAAUAUAUUAUAAUUUCAGGACUAGAAUUUUCUGGUCUUUACCUACAAGGGUUUUCAUUAUCAAAAAAAAUAAUAUUUGUUUUUCUACUCAAUGACUUCAAAGUAAAUAACUGCCCUUUUCAGAAUCUCCUUCCACAAAAUAAGCCAACUCUUCCCAGUUCCCUCCAUCUUCCUCUCCAAGUCAUAAUGGAAAUUGUAAGGAGUUUUAAAAAUAGGGUUUGGCUUUUGCAAAUAGAAGAUAUUGAUUAAAGCAAAGUCAAAUAUAGAGUAAAAUAAGUUUGUUUUCUUGAGACAGGGUCUUGUUCUGUUGCCCAAGCUGGAGUGCAGUAGUGCAAUCACAGCUCACUGAAUCCCUGUUCUCCUGGGCCUCAAGCAAUCCUCCCACCUUAGCCUCCCAAGUAGCUGGGGCUGGCCUAUUUUUUUUUUUUUUUAGUGGGGUCUCAUUGGUUGCUCAGCCUGGUUUCAAACUCCUGGGCUUAAGCAGUCCUCCCACCUUCACUUCCACAGUGCUGAGAUUACAGGCAUGAGCCACCACACCUGGCCAAGUUUAAUUUGUUGAUGGCUGAGAACAGUUAGCUUGGAAUACUUACGUUUGAAUAAGGAGUUCCUUAUUCUGAGUCAUGAAUGAAAGGUGAUAGAUGCUUUCCUGGAAAGGGCAAUACAGUCAUCCCUUGGUAUCCAUGGGGGUUUGGUUCCAGGAACCCAACUGGAUAUCAGAAUCCAUGGGUGCUCAAGUCCCAUUAUAUAGAAUGGGUUAUGUGGUAUUUGCAUAUAACCUACAUACAUCCUCCUGUGUACUUUAAAUCAUCUGAAGAUUACUUAGACCUAAUAAAAUACCUACACAUCACUUCAUUUGCAUGGAUUCAACAUAGUGCUGGGUGUUCGGCAAAUUCAAGUUUUGCUUUUUUGGAACUUUGUGGAAUUUUUUUCUUCUGAAUAUUUUUGAUUGGCAGUUGGUUGAAUCCAUGGAUGCAGAACCCAUGGAUAUGGACGGCUGACUGUACUUACACAUCUUUGAGUAACAAACUCUUAAGGGGAAAGAGAGAAGUGUAUUGAGCAAGAGAAGGCAAGAAACAAUAUAUACUAUUUUGAUUCUGUUACAUGUGUCUAUAGAUUGUUUCAUUCUAAUCAAGACCUAAGAAGGUAUGAUUCUUUCUGUGACUGGUUUAGAAUUCUGGGGAGGAAAUAUCCUGGAACCAUGUUUUUUAAUAAAUUCUGUCUCUUGGAAAGAGUUAAUAGCUUGGGAAAGAGUUGUUAUUCCAAAAGUCAGCCUGUUACUUGGUGAAGCUGAAGUUUAACAGUUCUGGGGAAAAAUAAAAUCGAAUAA